AUGAAGGUCAUUUUCUUGCUCCUGCAGUUGAUACUUCUGUUGAUGCUUCAGGCCCAGGCAAAAAUCUCUCUGAAAGAAUAUUUUGAUGGAGAGAAGCUCGCUGGGAAGUGGCGUACCAUUGCCAUAGCUUCCCACUCCAGCUGGAUUGAAGGCCUCAAGAAAAAUGGGAAGAUGUCUGUGAGCACCAUAUUUCACCGUGAUGGUGAAAUAAUCAUCAAAACUUUAAUUCCUGGAUAAGUCCCUGCAGGAUGCGAGCAGAGGACGAUGGUCCUAAAAAAACCUGAUCAACCCAGUAAAUACGCAAACUCCUGCUCUUCAGGGCUUAGGAGCCCCAGUGAUGGUCUGGAGGAAAGAAGUGAUGCUUCUCACAAGCACAGGAAAGGUCUCACCAGCUGUGGCCUGGUUGAUACGGACUAUGCCAGCCACACCACUCUCCUCAGCGACGGGCAAUACCAGGGGCUGACCAUCUCAGUGCUGUUCCUCUACAGCAGAGACACUGAAGUGAAACCCCAUAUGUUGGAGAAAUUCAGAGACACCAUGAGCCAGAUGGGACUUUCCAAGGAGCAGAUGAUUGUGCUGCCCAAAGCCAGUAAGAGCAACCGGCAGCCCCUGUCCCCGGGUCCUCUGUGCCCAGGGGUCCCCUGUGCUCGGCUCUCGCAUGGAGCAUAG